CACAAUAUCCAAGCGCAUCGUCGGCUUCCUUUAUCCCUCCGCAUUUCCUCUUCCCGCCUCUCCUCCGGUUCCCAAUCCCACCCCAACCGCCGGCGAUGCCUCCCCCGGCGGGGCUGCUCCCCUGGCCGUCGCCGACAGCCCCGUUGCCGCGUCCGGCCACCACGACCCGACCGCGGCCCCCACCUCGCGUUCGCCCUCCUCCUCUUCCCCCUCCUCCUGCCCGGUCAGCGCCUCCGCCACCUCGUCUCAAGCCCACCGCGCCGAAACCGGCCACCUCCCUCCCCCUGCCUCCCACCAUUGUCUCCACCACCGACCCUGCCUCCACAUGCCUCGGAUGCGUCCACUUCGGCUCGUGUUCAGGGUGCACGCAUGAGUUCGACCUGGAUAAACCGCCGGUGCUGCAGGAGGUGGCGGAUUUUUUCAAGGGUCACGGAGUCGAGGACUUCACCUUCAGCAGGGGCAGGCUGUCGGAAUGGCGCUGCCGGGCAAAGUUAGCGGUACGUGGAACACCAGAGAGACCGUUGAUUGGCUUAUAUCAGGAAGGGACACAUAAUGUUCAAGAUAUUCCAGAGUGCAGAGCCCAUCAUCCAAGCAUCAAUGCUGCAAUUAAGCUUCUGAAGCAAGGUAUAUCCGAGCUGAAUGUGCAGCCUUUUGAUGAAGAUGCUGGUACUGGUGAACUGAGAUACGUGCAGAUGACCGUGACAACAUAUAACACAUCUAUUCCAGUUGCAAAAAGAUACGGGCAAGCGAGAGUUCAAGUUUCAUUGGUUUGGAAUUCGAGAGACGAGCGCUCCAAAAAUUCUGAGAAGUUAAGUUUGUUGCAAGAAUUCUUAUGGAGAACUGGUGGACCAAGAAGUAAUAUGCAUGUGAUUCACUCUAUAUGGGCCAAUUUUCAGACAUCAACCAGCAAUAUAAUUUUUGGGCAUAAAUGGAGACAUCUCGUCGGGGAGGCAGAUUUGUGGGAGCGUUUCGGAGGAGUUGAUAUUUCUCUUGAUCCUUACAGCUUUGGGCAGGCCAAUACUCUGUCUUUUAACUCACUACUGCAUAAGUUACUGAAAUAUGUACCACGUGGCUCAACAGUGGUUGAUUUGUACUCGGGUGCUGGCGUUAUUGGGCUAUCCAUUGCGGCUUCUAGGAAAUGCAGGUCUGUGAAAUGUGUUGAGAUCAACAAAAUGUCGAAGUUGUCUUUUGAGAAGUCAGCAAGCCGACUUCCAACAAACUUGGGGUGCACCAUAACUUGGCACAACACCGAUGCUUCAGUUGAACCUGUUCAUUGGCUUGAAGGGUCAAGUGUUGCUAUCGUGGAUCCUCCCAGGAAAGGGUUGCACCCUUCUGUUAUCAAUGCUCUACAGAGAGUUGCCUUGUCUGAACGCAAGGCAUAUAAGGCUAAAAGUUCACUUACAAAGGUCAAAGAUGAGAAGAGACCAUGGAUCCUACGAGCAAGGGAGGCAGCUGUUCAUGUUGAUAAUACAGACAUGGAAGAAAGUAGUGGAACAUGGCCAGAAACCCUCAUAUACAUCAGCUGUGGCUGGGAAAGCUUUAAGAAGGACUGCAAAAGCUUGAUAUCCAACGAGGCCUGGCAUUUGGAGAAUGCUCAUGCUUUUAACUUCUUCCCUGGCACUGAUAGCAUUGAAGUCCUGGCGAUCUUCAGACGGGAAUCUGGAACUGCUGAAAAGAAAAAGAAGAAAAUCAAAACGAAAAAGAAGAAAGCCAAGUAGACAACCGGAAAGAAACCAUUUGGUCAUACCUGGAAGGCUGGAAGUGGCACCAGUUAAAGGAGCUAAUCUGCUGGAGGUCCACAUAUUUUGUCCUUCUCCAUGCUAAUCCAGGAAGUUAUGGCUUGAUGUGAGUACACCGUCCUAACCAAGCAUCAGACUCAAGGAUCUCAAAAUAGGUUAUUCAGGGACUCCCAUUCUGUGGGAAAGAAAAAGAUAGGUGCAAUUGUAUGCUUCAUGGGAUCUACUUUAGUGGCUCCUAAAGGGCUUCCUGUUGUGUAUACCAGCAUUGCAAUUGUGUGGGCAGUGGGCAGGUUAGCUUUAAGAUGGAAACUUCAAUCUCGUCGGCUGUUUUGUCAGAUUUUGGCCGCGCCUUCUACCUUUUGCUCAAAAACGUCAGAUUAUACAGUGGUUUGCAUCUAAACUUGUAAAACCAGGGAGGAGAGAGCGCGUUCAACUAUGAUUGAUAUCCAGUGCAAUAGUAGUGCAGUUGUAUCUUAGUUUUCGAUUUGCUCCAUCAGCUUGUAUCUACUGCGGUGAGUCUGAGUUUAAUUUGGCCUCACAAAA